CUAAGUAAAAGCGUCGUCAAUAGAAAUCGGAGCUUCAUAAAAUGCCGCUUUCCUUCGCCUAAUUUGAAGUUUUUUUCAUCGGUAAAAAUAAAGAAAUUUUAAAAUGUCCGUAGUAACUGAUGAAGACAGUGAGCUUAGAGAUGUCCUAAUCAAAGCUUUAGAAAAUGCCGGUGUAUUAGGUAAAAUUAGGGCUCAGUUGCGGGCAAGUGUUUUUUUAGCCCUGGAGAAAGCUGAAAGUGAGAAAAAGAUAACAUUAGCAGAUAGGAAUUUUUUGAACUUUGCCAAAACCUCAGAAGGAAAUUUGAUAAUUUCAUUAAUUCUAGAUUUUUUGAAAGUUUUUAAUUUAGACUGCACAUUAUCUAUUUUUGAACCUGAAGCUGUUGUUGAUUUAGAGCCACAUGAUCGAGAUUCGCUGUGCAACAUUUUGAAUCUAAAAAUUGAGGGUAACGUCAUCAAUAAACAGCCAAUCAUAUGCCAUCUUUUAAAAUCCAUUAGUUUACCAAAGUUCCCUAACAAAAAUGUCAGCAGAAAAAAAGACAUGGAGAAGGAAGAGGAAGAGGAUAAUUUUGAUCUUGAUAGGCUACUGCUAGAGAAGAAAUCACUCAAGAACAACAGCAAUAAUGUCGACAAUCAACUUCAGAAGCCGCAAAAGAUCGAUGAUAUAGAUGAUAUCUUGAAUUUCAAUCAGCCUACCAACGCUAAAUUGUCAUUAAACACAGAUAACAAUAAUAAAAAACAGCAAUCUUACAUUAGGAAUGAUUCUAGAUCAACUCCAUCCCUUUUAAAGAACGACAAGAAGCUGAAUGAAUUGAAAAAGAUAAACAAUGAUAGGAACAAAAAUGACCUUGACAAUGAUGACGUUGAUGACGGUGACAAUGAUGACAAUAAUAGAGACGACACUAGGUCAAACAACAACAACAUCAGCACCGUCAACAACAACAACAAAGCGUUGAGAUCGAAGAACAACGAAAAUGACGUCAUUAAUAAAGAUAAGAAAUCUGCUGAUUACGACGAUGACGACUACGAUGAUGACAUUAAAGAAGAUAUAAUGAUUGAAGAGAUGAGUGCUGAUAAUGAUGAGGAGGGUGACGAUGAUGACGACGGUGAAGUCGCUGCUAAAUUUCGUAUGCCAGCCAAUAAGAUCAGUGAAACAACCGACAAAGACAAGAAGGCCAUUGCUCAUAACAAUGAUAACAGACGUGCUGAUAAUAAUAAUAAUAAUAAUAAUAAAGCUAAUAAUUACGAUAAUAAUAAUGCUAAUGAUAAAAGUAAUAAUGGUGGUAAUGACGAUGGUGAUGAUGAUGACGCAGUGACUACAGACCACACAAUCUCGCCAAGUGAUAUCAGCAAGUUUUGUGACUAUGUUGAAGAUGUCAUAAAACCGCCGCUAGCCUUAUGACGAUCUCCAUAGAGCUGCUGCUACUACUGCUGCUGCUGUUGUUGCUGCUGCUGCUGCUGGUAGUAAUGGCGAUGAUGAUGAGGAUGAUAGUUUUCAUGAUGAUGAUGAUGAUUUUGAUGACGUAAUUGAUGAGAAUCAUAACAGUUAUUACAUCUUAUGUGUUAUAACAAAGACAAGAUUAUAGAUAAACAAAUAUGUUUUCUGUAUUGCUUUUAUAGUUAUAUAUCUAUUUUAUACUUUACAUGUAGUAAAUAUGUAUAUUUAUAUAUGUAGUAUAUAUAUAUGUGUGUGUGUGUGUAUGUAUAUAUAUAUACAUGUAUGUUGUAUAUAUAUGCAGUAAUUUAUGAACUUUAUCGAAUUAGGUUCUACUGCAUUAAUUAUGGUCUUUUACCAGUUUAUAUAUAUAUAUAUUAUAUAUAUGUAUAUAUAUAUAUUGUAUGUAUAUAUACAAUAUAUACAUACAUUGUUAUUAUUGCUUGAAUAAAAUGUUACCAAACUUGA